AUGGAGUUAUCCAUGGCAACAACUUCCAGGCAACGAUCCAGAGACUGGGAAAGCUGCGUUGGGCAAAGAGCACGGGAAGCCAGCUGGAUCUGGGUGGAACUCACCGCAAGGGACGAAGUUUUCAAAGAAACUGUGGCGGAAUGGCUGUCAGAAAGGCGAUGGAACCGACUGAAGCCCAAACAUUCAGCGUGCCUGAUCGUGGGGAUGCUUCUCUGCCAAGACGUGACUGUUGCCAGGUCGGAAGAGGACGCAAGGACGACUGAGGCGGGCGGUGGCAUACCUCUGGGUACUGUGGCUCAAACUAUGGCUGCGGCGCAUGGGGUCGGGCUGGCCACCCAGGGGGUAGAAGAUGUUAGUGGCCAGGUUAGUUGCCAGGAUGCGAACAGAGCGUACUUUGCAGCGAGCGGUCAAGGAACGAAGAUCUUUGCACUAGACUUGAGAUUGACCACCUCCCAAAAGGGCAAUCUGAAGCUGACGGAUCGAUCACCAAGGGCUCCAUCUGAUCGACGUCUGGGGCCAGAUGAUGAUGAGGAUGAGGUCGAUCCGGAGAGUCUCUCAUUGGGCGAAUUGGAUGAUGCUGACUGGGCCAGUAUCCUCGACGAUGAAUACCUAGGUAGAUUUGACGUGGGAUAG